GAAGCCAAGUGUUGAUCCAUAUCUCUAUCCGCAGUUCCGCAGUCAGUCAUAUCCUUUUGUAAACGAUUUGCCAACACGAAACGGCACUGAAUAUGCUUGCUUGGGGAACCGAGCCCAAAAUGCCAAGAUGGGGUAAAAUGGCCCAACUCAUAAAAUCAUUCCUGAAUGGGACUAUAGGUAUACUAUAGGUGAAUGAUGGCAUGUUUGCAUUAAACAUUCUUCCAGAAGCUAGACCGCCAAACCCACGGAAAAUCUUUCGAUUUCCCAACUUCCGGUUUUUCGUGUUUGCAAUUAAGGUUUUUGGGUGACUUGGCUGGUAAUAGCCAAGUGUUUCCAAGGAGAUUAAGGCACACAUGGAGGCGCAUGGUUGUUGAUGUCUACGCAAUCAAUGCUAGGUGUCAUUCAAAUAUGACGACCAUCGUUUAGCGGGGAGAGGUGUGACACUCCACGAGUAUACAAAAAAAGCGGGACAGAGGGGGUAAGUGAGUUGGAAAUGCCCCAAAACUGAUGGACGUAAUUUUUGAAUGUUUUCAUGAAGUGGCAUCUUACUCCAUGGCUAUUUGUCAUUAAAAACGAUGAAAGUUUGAAAAACGGCAUCCUACCGCACUUUCCCCUAAUUGGUAUUGCUGCAUGGUAGGCGAGCAGCUAAAAACAACUUUCGUGCCAAAUGGUCAGGUUGUUUUUCCAACAAAGCCCUCGACUGCAGCUGUUUAUUUUCUCAUUCUUGUGCAUAGUCGGGACUGCCCUAACAAUGUAAAAGAGAUGCCACGGAUUGUAGCGUUUCAGUGUACCUUCGUUCGUUAAAUGAUUAUGAUGACCGAAAAAAUGAACCAAGUCGGCAGAUUUUCUACAAUGGCGAAGAAAUUUCUUCACCAAGGGUUGGAGCCUCGACAAACAGGGAAGAUAGUGCGGUUCAACGGUGAGCUGGUCCCCGUGCAAGGAAAAUCUCUAUCAUUUCUAAAGUACUUCAAGCAUCCCAAACGAGCUACUAGAGAUAACUGGAUUCACGAUGGGUCGUUCCAUGACGCCGUUUCUGGUCUACUUAUAACGGCUCAGCUCUUCUCGAUAAUGCCUGUUUGUGGAAUCGGACACAAAGAUACUGGAAAGCUUCACUUCUCUUGGAAAAGUAAACGAAUCUUCUAUUCAUAUGCGGCAUUUCUGGGGACCGCUUUCUUGGCCGUGACUAGUACGCUGAGGUUUGUCCAGAAGAACUUCAACUUUUCUCGCCUGACGGGGGUGUUCUUCUAUUCGUACAACCUCUACGGAAUGUAUUGCUUUAUACGGGUGGCACAAAAGUGGCCAUUUUUAAUGCGGAAAUGGUUCAGCGUUGAACAGCUUCUACCGCAGAGCAGCAACAUCUUGGAGCGAGGGAAACUGGCCAAUAAGAUCAAGCUUAUUUCGAUCCUUGUAAUCACCCUUUCGCUGAUGGAGCAUAUGCUGUCGAUUGUGGCUGCCGUCUACUACACCCCCAACUGCCCAAACAUCAAAGACCCGCUGAAAAUGUUCUUCAAAUCCAACUUUCUGUACGUUUUCUACUACUUUGAGUAUUCGGAGAUUCGGGGAUUUGUAGUCAAAUUCAUCAACGUGAUCAGCACCUUCGUUUGGAGUUACAUCGAUCUCUUUGUCAUAAUUGUUAGCAUCGGGCUGUCUCACACGUUCCGCAGAAUCAACAACCAUCUGAUGACCCACAAGCGAGAAAAAAUGACGGAACAGUUUUGGGGGGAGCAACGCCAGAACUAUCGCAACAUCUGUGACCUAGUGCAGUUCGUAGAUGAUGCAAUUUCUAUCAUCACCAUGCUGUCGAUUUCAAACAAUCUAUUUUUCAUUUGCGCCUCAAUCCUGAACAGUUUAAAGUAAUUCCCAGCGAUACCCUCGCCAACUCAUAUCGAUUAACUCAACUUCCCACGUUUCAGUACCAAUCCGACCUUGGUUCACACGGUGUACUUCUGGUUUGGGCUAGCCUUCCUGAUCGGACGCACUUUGGCCGUGUCGAUGUGUACGGCCGCCGUCAAUGACGAAUCGCAACGUCCGUUCGAAGUCCUGCGGGCCAUUCCCCGUGACGGUUGGUGCGUGGAAGCGAAACGCUUUGCGGAAGAGGUCAUCAACGAUACGGUGGCACUAACGGGGAUGAAGUUUUUCAACAUGACUCGGAAGCUGGUGCUGAAAGUGACGGGCUCGAUUAUUACCUACGAGUUGGUGCUGAUACAGUUCCACCAGGACGAGAGUGCUGAUUAUGAUCUGUGCACGUUUAGGCGAACUUAGGAAAAGCGUGAAAAUAAAAUUGGAAAAAAGCUGCGAGACAAA